GAAUCGUUUUUUAAACAAACUGGUAAAGGGACGUUGCGAAUAUUCCAAUAUUCACAUAGAAGGGUUCAUUUAGCCUUCUCUUUGCUCUCCUGUCUCGAAUUUUCUUCGUGUGAAUCAGAGAGAUGUCUACGCCACCACCUACGAAAUCUACGCGGAAACGAAUUACGCCGUUUCCAGGUCUGGUCCCCAUUGCUUGUAAUUUCGACGGCACUGGAGGCAAUAUUCUCGGAGCAGCAUUCUGCUAUGUGCUCGGCCUCCAUCCCAAGGUUGCAUUUAAAUUCGCUUUCAAGUAUGAUUAUCCAGAAGACUAUGAUCCCAGAUGGAAGCAAAUUUACCAAACAAACACUUUACACGCCGAGGAGGGACUUGCACGAGAAAAAAAUGUUUACAUGGACAUUGCAAAGGCAUCAAGAUGGCACCCCAAUCUGCACAUUUUGCAGCCUUGCUUGUGUGUUCCGGAAGGGAUAUUUAUGCCGCCGAUGAAAUGCAAUCUGCGAAAGCGUCUUCUCGCUGCAAGAGGAGAGAAGGACGAGUAUUUUCCACCGAUAAAACUGGAAAACCAGCCGCCCAUUACAUCGGACAAGAAAGCACGCUGGGUAAAACAACUUAUCGGUGCCUUGGCAUGGCUGGAAAGUAUUGGCUACGCCCACGGAGACCUUCGACCACCAAAUAUUCUUCUCAAUCACGAUGAUAAUGUUGUGUUGGCGGACUUUGGUAGUAGCGCACGCCUGGGCGAAGAUCGCAUUACAAGUGCAGACACAUAUUGUCCGCUGAAUUUUGACUACGCAAGUCAUAUCAGUGAGCAGUAUGCAGCAGGUUGGUGUAUCUACACCAUCUGUCAGGGUCAAGAGCCAGAAGAGUUCAACCUUCCGCGGGAAUGGAGGGGUGAAGAUAUCAAAAUGGAACAAAUCUCCUUCCCAUCUACCGAAAACCUCCAAUUUCAAGAUAUUAUCAGGAAGUGCUGGCAUUUACAGUACCCAUCAAUCGCAGCAUUAGCAAGAGAUGUUACGACUGAAUAUAACAUGCGCAAAUGGUGGUAUUCUCGUUGGUGGGAAUACGUGCAGGAGCGUCUUUAUAUUUUGGCUUUCCUGCUUGAGCGACCAUGGCAGUUAUAUCUGAUGCGAAGAGUGUACAAGAAUUUACAAGCAGGAUCAGAUCCAUAAGAGUAGGGAUAUCGCAAAGGACAGGAAAGCACGAAGAGUGAGAAAAGUGAUAACUCCCUGCCGAUCAGAGCGUGGCACUAUGAUUGAGGGGUGGCCUGGAACUGGCGCCAAACACCCCCCUGUCAUAUAUAGUAUAGAUUGAAAGUCUGUGCUGACACCUUCUACGGCCUGUAUGUAUGGGAAAACCGCUGACUGGACCGAAGAAGGAGGGAAAUACCUUAAAUCUCUGACAUUUCUCACUGAGAUCAAGUCGAAACCAGGUCAGAGAAAUCCGAGCGCGGUUUCUCUCGUCGCAUGCAUGCCAUAUCGAGUAACUGGCAACCUUUCCUUAUAUAUCUUAGCAAGACGGACCCUCUAUUUUGCUUGUUAGACGAGAACUCAUCAGCACAAGGAUAUCGACAGCAUUUUUGACUCGGCCAGAAUGCUCCGCAG